AUGUCUCUAGAAUUCCGUUUCCAAUCAGCAUCGACGGAGUACCAGAAAAUACAAACAGAACUGGCAAGUUUGGUGGAGAAUCGUACUCGUCUCGAUGCCCAGCUUUCCGAGAAUGAGAUGGUCAAAAAGGAGUUUACGCAGUUAACCCCCAGUAAUGUUGUCUAUAAACUUGUGGGACCUGUAUUGGUACCUCAAGAUCAGAAUGAGGCCAAAACCAAUGUGGAGACGCGCCUGGAAUUUAUCAAGAGCGAAAUAAAACGCGUAGAUGCACAAAUAACUGAUGGCGAGGAUAGAUCAGAGAAAAAGAAGAAUGAGCUCGUCGAGAUACAAACCAAGCUUCAGCAGGCUCAAACUACGCCAAAUUCUUGA